CACAUAUUAGUUGAAAUGUCACCGGCGGAAGCUUGAGAUAAUCAUAUAUCAUGGCUUCCUACAAGACCUUACUUUUGUUUGGUCUAAUUGUGAGUUUAUGUUGUUUGGGCAUUAAGGGGAAUGAAGUUUCCCUUCAUCUCCAACAAACAUCAGCAUCGUCAAAACAUGGGAAGAAUUCACAAUCUUUUUCUCUGCCCGUAAAAUUUUCAACAUUACCUCCAUUUUUUCUCCCACCUCUUCCUCUUCUCCCUCCUCUUCCUCCUAUUCGUCUCCCUCCUCUCCCUCUGCUCACUCCUCUCCCUCCUAUUCGUCUCUUUCCCCUUCCUCCGCUCCCUCCUUUAACUCCUAUUCGUCUCCCUCCUCUUCCUCCUAUUCGUCUCCCUCCUCUCCCUCCGCUCACUCCUCUCCCUCCUAUUCGUCUCUCUCCUCUUCCUCCUAUUCGUCUCCCUCCUCUUCCUCCCAUUCGUCUCCCUCCUAUUCGUCUCUCUCCUCUUCCUCCUAUUCGUCUCCCUCCUCUCCCUCCUAUUCGUCUCCCUCCUAUUCCUCCGCUCACUCCUCUCCCUCCUAUUCGUCUCCCUCCUUUACCUCCUAUUCGUCUCCCUCCUCUUCCUCCUAUUAUAUUACCACCAAUAAUUCCUCUUCGUCCUCCUCCACCAACUAUACCACAAACGCCUAAACCCCCUCCUCCUCUGAUCCCACGACCUCUCCCUCCACCUACUUUUCCACCAAAAACAUCACCUCCACCUCCUUCACCAUUGCCUUCACCCACUCGUCCAAUCAUUUCACCAACAGCUUCACCCCCACGUCCUAAUAUUUCACCGAUAGCUUCAUCCCCUUGACCCAAUAUUUCACCUAUAGCUUCACCCACUCGUCCCAUCAUUCCGCCAACUUCACUGCCUAAUCCUAGAAUUCCACCAAAGGCUUCACCCCCUCGUCCGAUAACAUCGCCAAUUGCUUCUCCACCUGGUCUUAGCAUUCCAAUAAUUAUUUCAUCACCUCGUCCCAAAGUUCAACCGGUUGUUUAACCUUCUCCACAGUCAAAAUACUAAUGUUUUGGUUGUUCAGACUCUAAAGCAUAAUCUUUACUUUCACGUUGAAUUUUCAGUUGUUUGAACUUUUCUAUUUUAGCUUAUCAAAUAAACUACUACAAUGUCAAUGUAACUUCUUUCAUAAUAUAUUUAUAAUAAACGUUCUAUGUGAUAUGUAUUACGAAA